AUGCUCGCGCCGUCUCUCGCCCUGUUCUUCAGGAAUGCUUCCAAGAAAAGCGACGACAGUGGACACCUUCAGGAGGUGCGGGAGACCUCCUCAACGCAAGUUGAUUUUUGCGGCAAAGAGGCUUGCCGUCGAAUGAGCUCCUUGCUCAAGGACUCGCUGGACGUGAGGCGCGACCCUUGCGAAGAUUUCUAUGAGUACGUGUGCGGUUCGUGGCCAACGAAGCACCCGGGUCGCAGUGUCACGCAGGUCCUCGCCUCUGCUUUUCGGAACAACGUUACCAGGCGUGCCAGAGACGUGCGCAUUCCGUAUGCUUCCGAAGUCAGGAAACAGACCAGCGUGCAGAAAGCGGCAAGGCAUCUUGUAGCGUGCGAUGACAUUGUCGCAGAGGGGCAAGACCAGUCGGCGUACGUCGGGGAAGUUCUGGCGGAAGGCGGCGUCACAUGGCCGGAUAAUGGCGUCGACGGCAACACUUCUUCAGACGUCCUGGAUAGCAUGAUCUACAUGACCAAAGUGGUCAAGAUUCCGGUGCUCUUAGAAGUAACCCUGGAGAGUGGAUCCAAUGAGCGCGUCAUCAUUAGAAGGCCGGAGAACGUGGCGUCAGUUCUAGGCGGCAAGCAUUAG